UCCGAGGCUGUGACAAUGGACUAUGACUUUAAAGUGAAGCUGAGCAGCGAGCGGGAGCGGGUCGAGGACCUGUUUGAAUACGAGGGCUGCAAAGUUGGCCGAGGCACUUAUGGUCACGUCUACAAAGCCAAGAGGAAAGAUGGGAAAGAUGAUAAAGACUAUGCUUUAAAACAAAUAGAAGGAACUGGGAUCUCUAUGUCAGCAUGCAGAGAAAUAGCAUUACUUCGAGAGCUUAAGCAUCCAAACGUCAUCUCUCUUCAAAAGGUGUUUCUGUCUCAUGCUGAUAGGAAGGUGUGGCUUCUGUUUGACUACGCUGAGCAUGACCUCUGGCAUAUAAUCAAGUUUCACAGAGCUUCUAAGGCAAACAAGAAGCCCGUUCAGUUACCUCGGGGAAUGGUGAAGUCACUCUUGUAUCAGAUCCUAGAUGGGAUUCACUAUCUGCAUGCGAACUGGGUAUUGCACAGGGAUUUGAAACCUGCUAAUAUUUUAGUUAUGGGUGAAGGUCCUGAGCGAGGAAGAGUAAAAAUUGCUGAUAUGGGCUUUGCCCGAUUAUUUAAUUCACCUUUGAAGCCUUUAGCAGAUUUGGAUCCAGUAGUGGUAACAUUCUGGUACCGAGCACCAGAACUGCUUCUUGGAGCAAGACAUUAUACCAAAGCUAUUGAUAUUUGGGCUAUAGGGUGUAUAUUUGCAGAACUUCUAACGUCAGAACCAAUAUUUCACUGUCGACAAGAGGACAUCAAAACUAGUAAUCCUUAUCACCAUGACCAGCUGGACAGAAUAUUCAAUGUAAUGGGAUUUCCUGCAGAUAAAGAUUGGGAAGAUAUAAAAAAGAUGCCUGAACAUUCAACAUUAAUGAAAGAUUUCAGAAGAAAUACGUAUACCAACUGCAGCCUUAUCAAGUAUAUGGAAAAACAUAAAGUUAAGCCAGAUAGUAAAGCAUUCCACUUGCUUCAGAAAUUGCUUACCAUGGACCCAGUCAAGCGAAUUACCUCAGAACAGGCUAUGCAGGAUCCCUAUUUCUUAGAAGACCCACUUCCUACGUCAGACGUUUUUGCCGGUUGUCAGAUCCCUUAUCCCAAACGAGAAUUUUUAACAGAAGAAGAACCCGAUGACAAAGGAGACAAAAAGAACCAGCAGCAGCAACAGGGCAAUAACCACACGAAUGGAACCGGCCACCCAGGGAAUCAAGACAGCAGUCACGCGCAGGGACCCCCGCUGAAAAAAGUGAGAGUUGUUCCUCCUACCACUACCUCAGGCGGACUGAUCAUGACCUCAGACUAUCAGCGUUCCAAUCCACAUGCUGCCUACCCCAACCCUGGACCAAGCACAUCACAGCCACAGAGCAGCAUGGGAUAUUCAACUACCUCCCAGCAGCCUCCACAGUACUCUCAUCAGACACACCGGUACUGAGCUGCGCCGGAAUCACGUCAUUGCACUGUUGCUAUGCUGCGGGCGGACUACGCGACUCCCGGCCUGGCCUGGCCUCGAGAAUGUACUGUGCAACCACGUCUACAGAAUGUCCAGCCGCCAAGUCCCACCACUUUCACAGAUCGGGGUAGUGGCUUCCAAGUUGUACCUGUUUCGGAGUAGACUUGAAAAGAAAGUGCUAGCACAGUUUGUGUUGUGGACAUGCUACUUCCAUAGUUUACUUGACAUGGUUCAGACUGACCAAUGCGUUUUUCCCAGUGACAGUCUGUAGCAGUUGAAGCUGUGAAAUGUGCUAGGGGCAAGCAUUUGUUGUUGUAUGUGGU